UAUAUCGAUCUGUAGACCUUGUUAUGGCUGACAUUGCUUAGGUAUUUGUUCUACCUAUAUGGCACAUAGCUCUGCCUGCUGUGAGGGGUCCUGCCUGUCCCAUAGUAAAAUACCAUUCUGAUUUUAGGAUCCACUUCUGGUUUUGGCUCAUGAAACUGGAUCAAAAACUAUAGAAAAUGGAUGUGUGGAGCCUCCCUAAGAUAGCUGUGAGCUAAACAAUUCCACAACAAACAAUUACAAACAUCACAGAUGAACCUACCCUCUGGCUCUAAGAAGAAGGUACGCUGGUUUCCCGUUAGGCGACUCUUCACCCACUCCUGUCCCAGCAUCAGGAUUCCUAGCAGGUUUUUAAGAGAAGGUCGCAGGUCACCUCCUGCAAGAAGUGGACACCGAUGUGUGGCUGAUAAUACUAACUUAUAUGUUUUUGGUGGAUACAACCCUGACUAUGAUGAAUCGGGGGGCCCAGAAAAUGAAGAUUACCCCCUUUUUAGAGAGCUCUGGCGAUAUCAUUUUGCUACUGGAACAUGGCAUCAAAUGGGGACAGAUGGUUACAUGCCAAGGGAACUUGCGUCCAUGUCAUUGGUUUUACAUGGCUACAAUCUCCUGGUGUUUGGAGGCACUGGCAUCCCGUUUGGUGAGAGCAAUGGUAAUGAUGUUCACGUCUGUAAUGUGAAGUAUAAGAGAUGGGAAAAGCUUAACUGUGAUGGAAAGAAACCCAACCGCAUUUAUGGCCAGGCAAUGGCAAUAAUUAAUGGCUUCCUAUAUGUAUUUGGUGGAACAACUGGGUAUAUCUACAGUACAGACCUACAUCGACUAGACCUCUCUACGAGAGAAUGGGUGCAGCUUAAGCCAAACAACCCAGCCAAUGACCUACCGGAGGAAAGGUACAGGCAUGAAAUAGCACAUGAUAAUCAGCGGAUCUUUGUAUUAGGAGGUGGUACGUCAUGGACUGCAUACUCUUUAGACAAGAUUCAUGCAUAUAACCUUGAAACCAACACGUGGGAGGACAUUCCAACUAAGCCACAUGAAAAUCUAGGUUUUCCAGCUGCCAGAAGAUGUCAUAGCUGUGUCCAAAUUAAACAUGAGGUUUUUAUAUGUGGUGGUUACAAUGGAGAGGUCAUUCUGGGUGAUCUUUGGAAGUUAAACCUUCAGACCUUUAAGUGGACAAAACUUCCUGCUGUGAUGCCUGAACCAGCAUACUUCCACUGCGCAGGGGUGACACCGGCUGGCUGUAUGUAUAUCCAUGGAGGAGUAGUUAAUAUCCAGCAGAACAAGCGGACUGGAUCUUUGUUCAAAAUCUGGCUUGUGGUCCCCAGCCUUCUAGAACUGUGCUGGGAGAACUUGCUAAAAUAUUUCCCUCACCUUGCUCACCUCCCCACAAAUCAGCUUCUACAGCUUGGACUAUCACAAGGACUCAUAGAGAGACUGAAAUGAGGUGGUUUGCACCCUGCCUGGAGUCCCUCAGUGUUUUAGGAGUUUUCCCAGGAUUACGCUGCUAAAGAGAUCUGGGUGCCUGGACCUUACCCGCACAGAUUAUACGUGGCCUUCAAUCCUUUUCACAUUUUAACUAUGCCAGCGCAUACAUCAGCAGUUUUAAGUCCAAUGCCUUUAAUGGCCGUUCUAUCUUUUUAUUCAGUGAAGAAUCUUGAUGCUUCAGUACAUGCUUUUAAUUAACUUAUUUGUACCCUGUUGGCAUGAGAUGGAUUCCACCAACCAUUCGUCUUGAGUCCUGUUAGCUGUGAACCGCAUGCUCCAUCAGUCACACAAGUCUGUAGCCAGAUCAUAUAUGUAUUGUGGUGUGCACUCUAGCAGCCCCAGCUGUCUGACACCUGACCCUUUAUGCAGCGGGUGUAAUCUGUGCAGGCCAUGCCAAUUCACUCGCAUAGCAUUCAGCCACAAUGUCAUGUUGGGCACUCAUGGCUGAUCUGUAAGAGUUCCGACAUCUUCAUUCAUAGAAUUACAUGGACUAAUGUACAGCUUAUCUUAAAGGGACUACAGAGGUUUUCACCUUGGCCUCAGACUUGAACCUAAGAAGGUACAUCAUGUGCAGAAUCUGUGAAAAUUGUAGCUGUAUUGUCUUGCUCAUGCUGCCUAUUACGAUUCUACAAAGUCACUAGGACUUCUCAUGUCUGUAUAUUUUACACUACAGGCCAAAGCCUCUCCUGUGCGGAGUGAACAGAAGUGAUCUGUCAUUGCCUGUCCCCCCCCCCCCCCCCCCCAAUCCAGACUAUAUAAAAACUGUCAUUUACAAUCCUAGGGCAUAUUUUAUCAAAGUAGCCCACUUGUAUGCUGAUCUGGGAUAAAUACAGGAUUCAGUAUCAUAUAAUAAUUCAAGGUAAUUUCUUACAGUAAUAAUUCUUAUCCUUUAUAUAGAAAUGGGUACAUGGGUGCUGUUGUCCAUGGGUUUAUGGUGAAAAUGUUACCAAGCAAACCUAAUAAUGCUAUUUAGCUGUAAAAUAUGAAUGCAGUUUAUUACCUUGGCAGCCUACCACAUUAAAUGGCUUUUGAAUUACAUUUACAACUUUAGGCCAAGCCUAGUGGGCAAUGCUCCAUUUACUGAACCUUCUGGGCUAUUCUGCAUUUGAAGUCUUUUAAUGUGAAAUCUCCAAUAUUUUGUUCCUUGUUAGAGCAUACCUUACCAUGUACCGCACUGUCCCUUUUAGUGUUCUUGGCUUCAGUGUACUAUGUAUUUGACAUUUUCUACUGAACUUUGGGCUUAAUUUAUUUUAUUUUUCUAUACUUAAAGCUUUGUGCCUUCUCUAAUCUUUUAUAAUUUUAUUUCUAUUUGUAGCAGAACUGACAAUGGUGUGAUCUCCCGCUAGAAGAAGCAAAAAAUGAAAAAGGUUCCUAGUGUAAAUGUUUAGGUCUUACUUAGCAUUUCUAUGUGUUUUAUUUUUUUUUUUUUUUUAUGGAUAUAUUGGCUAGAAAAAUGCUGAAUGAUUGUUAGAGAGAGAACUUGCCCAUUAGCUUCUUGUGUGUAUUUGGCUCCAUACAUUUUUCAAGUUAUAAAGGAGCUGUAAUAUGGCCACAUAAAUCUGGUGUUAAAAAAAGUAUCCUGCUUCACAAAAUACUGCAUUAGGGUAUGUUCCGCAGCUUAAAAAAAAAAAAAAAAAAUCCCCAGUAGACCUAAUUUAAGUCAAUGGGUAGCGACAGAACUUCGGCAGAAAAUUCCAACCAUGGGAACAUACCCUUACAGAGCUAUUCUCCCUUAGGAUGUGUUGAAGAUAUAAUAAGUAGUAAAGGGAUCUGGCAACAGGCAUUUCAGGAUUUUACUUGUCCUGCAGCACAUUAUGGAGAGUAAAUUAAUUUAAUUAAAAUGGUCUUGGGGUAUGUUCACACAGCUGGAUCCGCCAACGAUGGACCCUACAUUGUGCCUCAAUUUGUGCCCACUCAUAGCGGCAAUCAGCCGCUAUAAGCAGACACAAUGCGACUUGUGUGUCGCCGUGCUCAUGUGCAGUGUACUCUCACACAUCGCGGCCACUCCCCCUGCUCCCUGAGCUAGGCUGAGAGCAGCUGUGAUGUGUGUGAGGACACUGCACACAGCGACUCUCACAUCACAGCGUGUCUGCUUGUAGCGGCAAUUUAAUGCUAUGAGCGGGCACAGAUGAAGGCACACUGUAGGGGUCCAUUGUCGGUGGAUGCACAGCGUAAAAUCUGCUGUGGAUCCCUCCGUGUGAACGUACCCUUAAAGAGAAAUUCUUAGUUUCCCACAGAAACCAAUUGGAGUUCAGCUUUUAUUUCUUAAACUGCCCCUGUAAGAUUAAAGCUGUGCGGUGUUUGGUGGAUAUGGGCAGCAAAGACAGUUGUUUUUUCUUUUUCUUUUAGACAGUGUUUGAUCAUUCUGGGCCAAUGAAGGAGUUAAUAAGUCUGCCUCAGACCAGAACACUGUGGUUUUACCCAUAACAACAAAUCACAGCUCAGCUUUUAUAUCUUAACAGGCUCUGGUAAAAUGAAAGCUGAGCGGUGAUUGGUUGUUCUGGGCCGUUUUUGUUUCAAGCACAUGGAGUGGAAGGCAGUGCCCUGAUUUAUCAGUAAAACACUUUACACAGGUAAAUACCUUGGUCAGAUAUAAUGUACUUGGCACAGAAUCACUGCACUGCAUCCAUUAUCUCUCCUACAAGUCUUUCUCAGUGGAAAGUUCCUUCCGGUGGGGCGGCAGAGGGAGGCAGCCAGCAGGAUACAAUCCCUCUAUGCUUAAGUGUUAUGUCUGUUCCAUUUUUUGUACUGUGCUCCCAGAACAUCACCUAUAUUAUAUUAGAGGAGCACUGCCCCCCGCCAAUAAUUCUCCCAUUACAUGUUUAACCUACAUAUUCUAGAUAUCAAGCCCUCUUUAGUUUCAUGAUUUUAAGUUUAAGGAAUGUAAGAAGCCAUUCAUCACACAUACAAUUUAUAGAACUGAUUUUGUUCUUGCCACCUCUUGCUCUAAUAUUUUGGUUUAGUUUUUGAAUGUAUCCCGUCCACAAUUUUAGUGCCUUUUUCAUUAGCUUUAGAAAUAUUUGCUAUUCUUCAUUGUAUAUAUUGUAAGCAAGACACUGUCUUAGCAACAAUGUUUUAUUUGUGAAUAAGCCAAAAAUAUUUGUCUGCCUUCUUCUAGCUGUAUUAUUAACUCAACUAUGAAUACACCUUGAAUGUCUUGAGCUAGAACUGAGCUUAUCUGUGCAGUAUUUCAAUAGCCUGGGCACUAAAAUGAGCUUUUCUUGGUCCUUUGAUUUAUAAUAUACUGCUGGCAAUGUAUAUCAUUUUAUUCUUGCAUCAUGGAGCCAUGAACCUAUCAUGUACCUGGAAAAUAAUUUACCAUAAGUGUUUUAGAAUUGCUUACUUGAAGCUCUAGAUAAUAAAAAAAAAUAUGCUAAGACUAUGUUCACACUGUUGUUCUCCUAUCAGUUCAGCUCGUUCAUACCAGGGUGUGGUAUUUUAAAGGGGGGUGUUCUCAAUCGCUCAGUCUGUUGGAAGGACGGGAGUUCCCUUUAACAGAGCACAGCAGCUGUGUGAACAUAGCCUAAAACUUCUAUCUAUAAUUAAUUGAUAAAUGAGAACAUUGAGAAAUCUUUGGCUUAUUUCAUUACCUGAUGCCUCUUGUUGGACAGCAAAUCACUGAAGUUCCAUUAAGAGCUCGAAACUCCCAUUCAGUUACUAUAUAAAGACUUUGCUGCCUAUUUGCUAUUGCUUUAUUAAAGGAAAACUGUCAGAUAUUUUCUCCCGCACUAUCCUGGUGGAUAGUGCGGGAGACUCUGGUUAAAACGAGCCCUACCUUACUCAGAUCUGCCCGGCCAUUCGCCCGCAAUUGUAGUUUUUUUCUAUGUGGAUAUCUUGAUGUAACUGGCACGGGCGGGGCUUCUGCAGGUUAACUGGCACUGAUGUCAGCGCCGCUUAUGAAUAUUCAUCCCCCCUCCCUCCAGUUAGGAGCGGCGAAGAGAGGGAGAGCUGGAGGGAGGGAGGGGAUGAAUAUUCAUAAGCGGCGCUGAC